CUCAACGCUGUGUCGGCGACCUUCUUCACAGCAUCCGCUCUGGCCUUGGCGACAACGAACGAAUUGUGUCACUCUUCGCAACUCCAUAGUACGUGAACUUGCUUUCCCCCACUCGAGAACUAACUCAAUAAAUUAGAUGCACCGAUUUACGAACCGCAUAUAUUUUGCGAAAAUUGUGUACACGAUUUCAUCCCGCCGGUUGAAGCUCUCACAUCGUGCGAACUUCACUACACACCGGCAGAAUCGACAAAAUGGCGGACUAGCUACGGCGAGUGGCUCAUACAUUAUCAAUACACUUGGGAGGCACCUAAAGGCUAAAGGAUUCCACAACGCAUCGGCAAGGCACGGGUGCACUUCGAAGUAUAUCAAGCACGAACCGCCAGGAUUACAUGCUAGACUAUCUCAAGCAUACAUAACGUAGCGGAUGAGGCCUUCUGGGGCGUUUCCAGGAGUAGGUUCGCCCACAUGGUCGACGGGAACUCAUGCGCGGGACCAGCAGUCUGCCGACAAGGCGGGCAAUGGCAGCAGCAACAAUCCAGCAUUCCCAUCUCUCCAGCCAGGGGCCAGGAACUCGACCUCUCAAGCGGGUGCACUCCUGCCGUUGGGCGCCCGACACGCGGGCGCGGGCGGCUUUCCACCGUCGAGCCUCCGCCCUUCCAGCACCUCGCAGCUUGAUGUCAGCGUUCCGGGCAGCAGCGCAUGGGGUUCCCCGAAGGCCCAGCAGCUGAGCAGCAGCUUGGGAGGCUCCGCCGGUGGCGCACGCCCCCAGCAGCUGUCGCCGUUUCAGGGCCUUCCGCCCGCGCGGCUCCGGGGCGGCUUCGCCAGCCCGCAGGCACGCCGGCACACCGCCGAUGGCGUGGAACUGGGCUCUGCCCCCAGCAGCCCUUACAGCACCUACACCGGCCCAGCAUACGCUAUGCCCACUGCUACUUCCAAGACUCGGCUGAACAUGACGGCACCGCUGCAGCGGAAGGCAGGGGCCUUCCCCACACACAGCCGAUACUCCUUGGACCUCAGCAAGAGCGCUGCUGACGUGGGCUUCCCACCCGCCCGGGCCCCCCGCAGCCCCGGACUGUCCAGCUUGGCGCGUUCGGGCCUCAUGCUUCCGCCCAUGUCUUCCCCCACAGCUGCUACUGCAGCAGCUGCUGGCGGGGGCGGCACCGCAGGACUGCGCAAACCUCCGGCAUCAAUGGAGCGACCGAGGGCCUCGCCACCACGGCACAAGCCGGUGCGGGCGGCUUGGCCGGUGGCGGAGGGUGACAGCAAAGGAAAGGAGCUUGCUCCGCCUAAGGUGCCGGGCGCAAGCGGUGGCAAGUCUGGAGGCGACAAAGAUGCUGCUGGCGCCGCGACGGGCGGCUCAGCACGGGGCUCAGCUGCUACUGCUGCUACUACUGCCGCCGCCAAAAAGGAUGCUGCUGCUGCCGGCGGUACUUCUGGCGCUGGCAGCACCCUGACAACUGUGAAGGCGCGGCCGCAGGCCUCGCCCCACAAGCCCAGCAGGGCGGCAGCAGGCGGCGAGCCGGUAGCGGCGACAGCCGCAGGCAAGUCGCGCGCCAGCGGUGGAAGCGAUGUCAAAGCCGGCAGCACCAGCAAGACUGGCGGUGUUGGUGGUCAGACAACGAUGGGCCGCAGCGGCACCAGCACCACCACCACCCCUAACAGAGUCAGCGGCAAAGCCUCAACCGGCGGCACGGUGGGACAGGCGGCUGCGAAGGCCAGUGGUGGCGAGAAGGCGAAGCCAGCGGCGACCGCGGCAACCCCUGCCGCCGCUGCUGUUGAGGUGGAUGCGGCAGCCCUGUUGGAGCCGGAGAAGGAGCAGGAGGUUGUGGACAAGGCGCUGCUGGCGAGCUUCCCCGUGGGCAUGUCGGCUGAGCAGCUGCCCGAUGAGAUCCAGGAGUUGUACGAGGACAUGCCGCCCGAGCUGGCAGCCGCGCCCAUGCGGCUGCUGAAGCUUUCGGCAGUGGAGAGCUGGAGCCAGGUCAAGGUGUACGAGGACGUGGUGCCGGAGGAAUGCGUGGAUGUGCCGUACGCGCGCGUGUCGGAGGCGUUGUGGAAGCUGACGGCGGUGCUGAGCUGGCGCUGGGGCGCGCAAAAGCCGGCGGAGCAGAAGCCCGGCUUCUCGCCCAUGACGUCCCACCAGUUCCGCGAGCUGCAGCUGUUGCUGCAGCAGCUUAAGGCGUCCGGCGUCGCGUUCAUUUGGAUUGAUUGGAGCUGCGUGCCGCAGUACAGCGCCCCCAGCAUGGUGGAGGUGCUGCGCAGCAAGUGCUUUUACGCACGCGCCCGCGCCAUGAUCGUGCUGCCAACCUUUCGGCCCAUGGACAAAGACUUCAGCGCGGUUGUGCGGCCGCUGCUGGGCACUGUGCGCCGCGGCUUGGCCCGCAAGGCCGCGGGGGCGGACCUGGCGGUGUCGGACAGCGCAGCCGCUGCCGCCGUGCUCAAGCGCAUCCUGGCCCGCGAAGUGGUGGCGAGCAGGGAAUACUUCUGCCGCGUGUGGACGCUCGCGGAGCGCAUGGCGCGUCAUGGCAGGUCGGAGCGGCUGUCCAACUGGAUGAGCCUGGAGGCAUGGCUGGGCAUGCUGGCCGACGCGCUGCUCUCCUUCAACGACGACCCAGGCCCCAGCAUGAUCUACAAAAAGAUCCUGGGCCCGGAGCUCAGCCGGCUGCUGGACGCCGCGGUGGCGCCCCUGACUGCGGCGCUGGAGACAGGCAGCACCCGGGGCGCGGACGGCCUCAUCCGCCAGCUGGAGCAGUUGUUUGAGGCGGGGGUUCGCGUGUGGAAGGCGGAUUCCUUCCUCACGGAGGGGCCCACGCUGGACUGGCUGCGCGGAUAUCUCCAGGAGCUGGACUCGGGCACGUACCAGGCGUGGGCGUUCGCGGACCGCGUGUGGGCCGUCUACUCCUACUACGUUUGGACGUCCCCUGACCGCGGCGAGGCGGGCCUGCUCAAGGCGCUGCAGAACCUCAGCCGGCUGGCGGGAGCCGACGCCGCAGAGCUGGCUUCGGCCGCGGUGCGCAUGGGCCUGGGGCAACAGCUGCUGGAGAGCGCAGCUAGCAGCGCCGUUGUCAAGCAGGACGGCAGUGGCGCGUCGCAGGAAGAGCAGGCGGAGCUGCGACGUGUGGAGCUGGAGGCGGCGGUGCAGGCCGCGCUAGAGGAGGCGGGCCGGAGCGCAGCGCAGGAGAAGGCGGCAGCGGAGGCGCGGAAGGCGGAGCAUGCGCGCAUGCUGGCCGCCACAAAGGCGGCUCAGCUGGAGGCUGCGCGCCGCAAGGCGCAGGUGGGGGCGGCGGCGGUGGCAGGGACAGAAGUCGACGGCGCGGCCCAGGCUGAGGCGGUGGUGGAGGCAGCUGCGGAGGGCGAUGUGGCGGGCCUGAAGUCGCUGGUCAAGGCCGGUGCCGUCAGCGGUGACGUGGCCACCAAGGGUCUGGUAGCAGCGGUGCUGGAGGGCCACGCUGACGCGGUACCGCUCCUGGUCAGCGCCGGGGCAGACGUGAACGCCCCAACCGAGGACGGCAUGACCCCGCUGCUGCUGUCGUUGGCUGACGGCAACGCGGGCGCCGCGGGCGCGCUGCUGGGCGCGGGCGCGGUGGGCGAUGUGGUGCUGCCAGACGGCCGCCAAGCGCUUCAUCUGGCGGCGCAGAAGGGGCUGUGGGAGCUGAUCCAACCGCUCAUCAAGGCGGGAGGAAACAAGGACGCCCAGACGCAGGACGGCAGCACCGCCCUACUCAUUGCGGCGCGCAACGGCCAUGUGGAUGUGGUGCGUGAGCUGGUGGCGGCCGGCGCCGACGUGAGCGCCAAAGACAAUGACGGCCACAGUGCGCUGGUGGCCGCGGCCCAGGCCUCACAGCCGGUGGUGGCGGAGCUGCUGCUGCGUGCGGGCGCCGGCGCGGACGGAGGGGACCAAGAAGCGGCCCAGAAGGCGCUGGAUGACAUGCGGCAGCAGGAGAAGGCCGCCGCAGCCAAGGCGGCGGAGCGAGAGGCUCUGGUGCGCGGGGCGGAGGCUGACGCCGCCACCACGGCGGCGGCAGCGGUGGCGGCUGGGCCGGCUGCUGGCAACAAGAGUGACGGCGGUGCCAAGCAGGAGCAGGCGGAGGCCAAGCCAGCCGCGGCUACGCCCGAGGAGCUUCUCGGCGCCGCAGAGCGCGGUGACCUGGAGGCGGUGCGGCGGGCGCUGGCGGCGGGGGUUGACGUCAACAGCUGCGAUCGGGGUGACUGCUCUCCACUGUUCCACGCGAGUGCGAACGGUCACGUUGAGGUGGUGAAGGCUCUGCUCACCGCCGGGGCAACACUGGAGGACGCAGGAGGGAACCUGACUCCCCUUCACGUUGCCUGCCACCACGGCCACACUGAGGCAGUUAGGCUGCUUCUAGCGGCUGGCGCCAAUUUCGACGCCACAGACACAACGGGCAAGACCCCCAUGUUCGCGGCCAGCUACAACGGCCAUGUGGAGGUGGUCAAGCUGCUCCUGGCCGCGGGAGCUGACAAGGAUGCUGCAGACGAGGCUAGCGUCAACCCGCUACUCGUCGCGCUGCAGUGGCAGCAUGCGGAGGUGGUGCGGGUGCUGCUGGCCGCCGGCGCUAGUGCGAAUGCAGGGAAGCGGGAUGGCACGAUGGCCCUGCACAUCGCCUGCAUGGAGUGUGACGCCUCAAUCGUCAAGGCACUACUGGAGGCCGGCGCGGAUGCCGCAGCUAUCGACAAGGAUGCAAAGACGCCCCUGCAGCUUGCUCAAGACCGAGGGGACAAUGAGGUGGAGCAGGCCAUCCAGGAGGCUACCGGGAGGCUGGGGGGCACGGCAACGCCCGAGGAGUUCUUGGGGGCGGCCGCUCGCGGCGACCUGGAGGGGGUGCGGCGCGCGCUGGCGGCGGGCAUCGACGUCAACAUCGGCAGCCCGGACACCAACAAGCGCGCGCUGCACUUGGCCUGCGACAACGGCCACACCGGGGUGGUGAAGGCGCUGGUCGCAGCUGGCGCGGACUUGGGGGCGCUGGACACGGACGGCUGGCCGUGCCUGCACUCCGCGAGCGCGAAGGGACAUGUGGAUGUGGUGGAGGCGCUGCUCGAGGCAGGCGCCAACAAGGACGUGAACGCGAAAUUGUGGGGAAGCGCGCUGUGCGUGGCAUGUGGCCGUGGCCACACACCGGUGGUCCGGGCACUCAUCGCGGCUGGCUGCAACCUGGAGGCGGCGGGAUCGGACUACACGCCGCUGUACGUCGCGAGCCAGAACGGCCGCCUGGAUCUUGUCCAGGCGCUGCUGGAGGCGGGCGCCAAGACAGCCUAUCGGGAUGUCUACACCCUCUGGACACCGCUGCACGCCGCCUGCUACAGUGGCCACCAGGCGGUGGUGAAGGCGCUGAUUGCGGCUGGGACGGACGUCAAGGCGGUGGACACGGACGGCAAAACGGCGCUGCACCUCGCGUGCGAGUAUGGUCACGUGGAGGUGGUGAAGGUACUGAAAGCGGCUGGGGCGGACGCCAAGGCGAUGGACAAGCAAGGGAACACGCCGCUGCAGCUGGCUCGCUCUAAGGGGCGCGAGGAAGCGGCGGCGGCGCUGGAAGAGGCCGUGGCGUGCUCAGAACCAAAGACAGCACCGCCGGCGCCCGCAGUGACCACGCCUGCAGACUUCCACUGUGCUGCUGAGGGAGGAGACCUCGACGCUGUGCGGCUGUCGCUAGAAGGCGGCAUUGACGUCGACGUUACGCUCGGGGAUGAAACCCAGACGGCUCUUAUGAAGGCCAGUGUGAAAGGCCACGCCGGUGUGGUGCAGCUGCUGCUGGAGGCCGGCGCUAACAAGGAGGCCACCACCAAGGACGCCAACCGGCCGCUGCACCUCGGCGUUGCGGGCGGGCACGUGGAGGUGGUGCGAGCGCUGCUGCGAGCCGGCGCCAACAAGGAGGCAGAGAACGGGACGGAGCUGCGGCCGGUCCACCUGGCCGUCAAGCUGGGUCAGGUGCAGGUGCUGCGGGCGCUGCUGGAGGCAGGUGCCGACAAGAAUGCGCUGUGCAAGGGCACCAUGCGACCCGUGCACAUUGCCGCCGGAUUGGGACACGUGGAGGCCGUCGCAGCGCUGCUGGACGCGGGCUUGGACGUCGACGCAUGCGGGGAGAGCAACCCGAGCGCACUUGCCUUCGCUGCUAAUGCGGGCCAAGUGGAGGUGGCGCGGUUGCUCCUUGCCAGGGGCGCCGACAAGGAUGCCGUUGACGGCACUGACGAGGACGGCUCAAGGCCACUCCACAUCGCCGCGGGCAAGGGCCAUGCCGGGGUGGUGAAGGUGCUUGCGGAAUCUGGCGCAAAACUGGAGGCGACCAACAAGAACGGUGACACGGCUCUCCAUGUUGCCUGUGAGAGCGGGCACGUGGAGGUGGUCAAGGUGCUGCUGGAGGCUGGGGCAAACAAGGAACAGGAGAACACGGACCGCUUGCGGCCGGUGCACCUGGCUGCCAAGCUGGGUCAGGUGCAGGCGCUGCGGGCGCUGCUGGAGGCCGGGGCCGACAAGAAUGGACUUUGCGAGGGCAUGCUGCCGGCAAUCUUCUUGGCAGCUGCCGCAGGUCAGCUGGAGACCAUGGACGUGCUGCUGGCGGCGGGUGUGGACUUGGAGGCGGCAGCGGCGCAAGGCACCCGCCUGCUGCACGUCGUUUCCACGUUCGGGCUCGACAAAAUUGUGCGCUUCCUGCUCCAAAAAGGCGCCAGCAAAGAAGCCACCACUGCCGACGGCAAGACCGCGCUGUACCUCGCAGCUGAGAAUGGCCACGUGGAGGUGGUCAAGGCGCUGCUGGCGGCUGGGGCCAACAAGCACGUCAAGGCGGCAUGGGGCCACACGCCGUACGACGCGGCUGUGCGGCAGGGCCACACAGAGGUGGCGCAGAUCCUGCAGCAGGCAGCCUGAUAGGCAGUCCCAUAGGCACAGCCUGAUGAUGGGCACAGCCUGAUAGGCAGCCCGAUACGCACAGCCUGAUAGGCAGCCUGCAGGGAGCGGGGCAGCCCACCUGCCUCGCCGAGCAUGCAUGACGGCCCGCUAGUGUGUUGCCUAUGCGCUGGCGUGAUGCACAAUUGGCGGGUGUGCAUAUGCAGGGACAAGUGCGGCAGAUGCGGUGAAGGAGUUGUGGAAGGGACGGCCAGAGGCCUGCACGCUCAUGGGGGCAACGUGUCAUCUCAUCCAGCAGCUGGCAUUACCCACCAGCUUGGUCCAGCGUGCAUGUUGUUUUAUUCAAACGGGCUGCUGGGUCUGUGCGCAAUGAAGUUUCUUUGAGGCUUGGCGAGACACUUGAGGAGCAACGAAACGUGAUACACCUGGGAAUAGCGUGGAGUGGCAAUCACGCUGCUCUAUUGGGCAACUGUGAGCACGCGGCCUGAGCUCAACCUGGCAGCGGCAACACGUGUCGGGUGCCGCUGAAGGCUGCUCAAACAUAGUACGGCACGGUACCCCCAUGCACUUGUAUGACCACGCAAAUGUCUGGUGUGGUUGACGGCGUGGGUUGGCGGAUUAGGGUCGUUUUUGCUGGGUUCUACGUGCGUGCCGUUGGUGGCUGUGGACGGUGGCGGCUGUAUGUAUGCGGCGGUGGAUGUGUAUUGCGAAGCAAGGCAAGGACUGCAUUGGGCCCGGUCGGUUAUUCUGCUCCGGCACAGGUCCAUCCUGGCC